AUGGCAGAAAGGCUAGACAGGAAGGCUUAUCCAAACUCCUCCCCAGGACUGCAGCAAGCCCUGCACCUUGAAUGCCAGGACUGGACAGCACCACCCAGGAAGACCUGCCUGCCCUGCCAGAGCCCAUGGGGCCUCAACGUCAGUCAUCUGAGGACAGCCUCUUCCAUAUCCGCUCUCUCUGUGGUAUUUUGGGGUGUCCUUCUGUGGGCUGACUCCCUUUCUCUGCCAGCAUGGGCAAGAGAGACCUUCACCCUUGGGGUGCUGGGUCCCUGGGACUGUGACCCCAUCUUUGCCCAGGCACUCCCCAGCAUGGCUACUCAGUUAGCUGUAGAUGGAGUCAACCAGGAUGCCUCACUGCUGCUGGGCUCACAGCUGGAUUUCAAGGUCCUCCCCACAGGCUGUGAUACCCCUCAUGCCCUGGCCACAUUCGUGGCCCACAGGAACACAGUGGCUGCUUUUGUGGGUCCUGUCAAUCCUGGAUACUGCCCAGCAGCAGCCCUGCUGGCCCAAGGCUGGGGCAAGUCCCUCUUCUCCUGGGCCUGUGAGGCUCCAGAGGGAGGAGGUGAGUUGGUGCCCACGUUGCCUUCUGCUGCCCAUGUGCUACUGUCUGUCAUGAGGCACUUUGGCUGGGCUCGCGUGGCCAUCGUGUCCUCUCACCAGGACAUCUGGGUAGCCACAGCUCAGCAGCUGACCACAGCUUUCAGGGCCCAUGGGCUGUCCAUUGGACUGGUGACCUCUUUGGGACCCGGAGAGAAGGAGGCCAUGGAGGUUUGCAAGCAGAUCCACAGUGUGCAUGAUCUGAAAAUUGUGGUGCUGUGCAUGCACUCGGCACUGCUGGGGGGUCUGGAGCAGAGCACUCUGCUGCGCUGUGCUUGGAAGGAGGGCCUGACAGACGGGAGCCUGGUCUUCCUGCCCUACGACACGCUGCUCUUUGCUCUGCCCUACCGCAACCGCUCCUACCCGGCCCUGGAUGACCAUGGGCCCUUUCAGGAGGCCUACGAUGCAGUACUCACUGUCAGCCUGGACUCUGGUCCUGAGAACCACACCUUCACUGCUACCAAGAUGAGUGGAGGGGCUACUUCCCACCUGGAGCCAGAGCAGGUGUCCCCACUCUUUGGAACUAUCUACGAUGCUGUCGUCCUGCUGGCCCAUGCCCUGAACCGCUCUGAGACCCAUGGAGCAGGGCUCUUGGGAGCUCGCUUAGGGGACCACACAAGAGCUCUUGAUGUGGCUGGCUUUAGCCAGAGGAUCCGGAUGGAUGGCAGAGGCAGAAGGCUAGCCCAAUAUGUCAUCCUGGACACAGAUGGUGAGGGAAGCCAGUUGGCUCCCACCCACAUUCUGGAUACAGGCACGUGGCAGGUGCAGCCCCUGGGAAAGGCUAUACACUUUCCUGGAGGGAACCCUCCAGCCCAUGACGCCAGCUGCUGGUUCAACCCCAACACACUCUGCAUAAGAGGUGUGCAGUCCCCGGGGGGCCUCCUGACUCUGACACUGGCCUGUGUCCUGGCACUGGUGGGUGGAAUCCUUGCUUAUCUCAUCAGGUUAGGCCUCCAGCAGCUGCAGCUGGUGCGGGGUCCCCAUCGGAUCCUGCUGACAGCGCAGGAUCUCACCUUUCUCCAGCGGACCCCCAGCCGGCGGAGGCUGCAUGUGGACGGUGGAACUGAGUCAAGAAUCGUGGUGGAAGGUGGAAGCCCAGGGUCGGUGAUCCAGGGGUCAGCAAGGAGCCUACCAGCCCUCCUGGAGCAUACCAAUGUCGCCCUUUACCAGGGAGACUGGGUGUGGCUGAAGAAGUUUGAAGCAGGCGUGGCUCCUGAGCUGCGGCCAAGCAGCCUCAGCUUCCUGAGGAAGAUGCGGGAGAUGCGGCAUGAGAACGUUACAACCUUCCUGGGCCUUUUGGUAGGCCCUGAGUUCAGUGCGAUGGUGCUGGAGCACUGUUCCCGCGGCAGCCUGGAGGACCUGCUGCGGAAUGAGGCCCUGAGGCUGGACUGGACCUUCAAGGCCUCCCUGCUGUCUGAUCUGAUAAGAGGUAUGCGGUAUCUGCACCAUCGGCAUUUCCCCCACGGGCGCCUCAAGUCCAGGAACUGUGUGGUGGACAGUCGUUUUGUGCUCAAGAUCACUGACCAUGGUUAUAAAGAGUUCCUGGAAUCUCAUUGUUCUUCCAGGCCGCAGCUAGCCCCAGAAGAGCUUCUGUGGACGGCCCCUGAGCUGCUGCGGGGCUCUGGGAAGGCCAGCUUCAAAGGUGAUGUCUUCAGCCUGGCCAUCAUCCUGCAGGAGGUACUCACCCGAGGCCCACCCUACUGCUCCUGGGGACUCUCAGCAGAAGAGAUCGUCCGGAAGGUGGCAUCGCCCCCUCCUCUGUGCCGGCCACUGGUGUCCCCUGACCAGGGCCCCCGUGAGUGCAUCCAGCUGAUGCAGCAGUGCUGGGAGGAAGCUCCGGAUGACCGGCCAAGCUUGGACCAGAUCCACACGCAGUUCAAAAGCAUCAACCAAGGCAAGAAGACAAGUGUUGCUGACUCCAUGCUGAGGAUGCUGGAGAAGUAUUCCCAGAACCUGGAGCGCUUGGUCCAGGAGCGGACUGAGGAGCUGGAACUGGAGAGGCGGAAGACAGAAAGGCUGCUCUCACAAAUGCUCCCUCCGUCUGUUGCCAAUGCUCUAAAGAUGGGGACAACUGUGGAGCCAGAGUACUUUGACCAGGUCACCAUCUAUUUCAGUGACAUCGUGGGCUUCACCACCAUCUCAGCCUUGAGCGAGCCCAUUGAGGUGGUGGGUUUCCUCAAUGACCUCUACACGCUGUUUGAUGCUGUUCUGGACAGCCAUGACGUGUAUAAGGACUGGGUACUGUCUCCCUGUGGCCCACAUGGCUGGGUCCAGAAUAUGCACCACCCCUUUGGUGUUGCCGUUGACUCCAGACAGCACGCUCCUCAGCUGGGGACACACAAAAGGUGGUGUGGUGGCUGGGGGAGGCUGAUGCCGGGACCUCUGUCGGGCCUCCUGGAGCUCCCUGGGCACAUUUGGAUUUCAGGGCCCUGCGUGGCAGGUGUUGUGGGUCUCACCAUGCCUAGGUACUGCCUCUUUGGGGACACUGUCAACACUGCCUCCCGGAUGGAAUCCACGGGGCUGCCAUACAGAAUCCACAUCAGCCGAAGCACCGUCCAGACCCUGCUCAGCCUCGAUGAAGGCUACAUGAUCGAUGUCAGAGGCCAGACUGAACUGAAGGGGAAGGGUUUGGAGGAGACCUACUGGCUGACAGGGAAGGUGGGAUUCUGUCGGCCCCUCCCUACACCUCUGUCAAUCAGACCUGGAGACCCAUGGCAGGACCGCAUAAACCAAGAAAUCCGGACCGGCUUUGCCAAAGCGCGCCAGGGUCUGGCUGAGCCCAGGAGGUCAGGGGAGGCUGAGCCAGGUCCCUGAUAGGAAGUUAGUGGGUGGACCCAAGGCAGCCAAGAUGCCCCCCACCACCACCCCCUACGAGGAAUGCCUAGUCAGCUCCCUGGUGAUCUGCCACCCAUGAGUGGCACGAGCUGCUGUCUUCCCUAGUGACUCCCAGGGUGUCCUUACGUCCUGCCAGGGACACAAUAAAAGUAGAAAUACUCCCUUCCGCCCCGCAGUUCUUUACUCUGAGUUGGACAAGGCAUUUUGAUGCAGAGAGAGCGCUGUUUCCAAGCCCCUGGCUCCUAUGGAGGACCCUGUCCCCACCACAUGGCUAAGGGGCAAGGCAGAGUAAGGAGGGCUGGGCACAGCUCUUCUGGGGGAAGUAAAAGCCAGGCAGGUGAGGGCUCCUCAGACGGGGACGGCGCCACGCCCCUCCCCCACCACGCCCCUCCCCCACCACAGCACACAGAACCUGUGUGUUAUCCUCUCUAAGAGCAUCGGAGGAUUCUCAGAGUGCUGAGAGUAUAUCCUUGGUCCCUCAGGAAGCUCCCAGCCCUGCCUACUCCCCUGCCUCAUCAGAACCAGCCCACAACUUCAGCAGCUGGGAGCACUGUGCUGAGAGUCCAGUGUGUGCUCCCAGAAUCUCAGGAUGGGGGGCAGGGGAGGGGCUGCAAAUUCCUCGGCUGUCAGGAAAAGGGGAGUUCUAUCAUUCAGAAGAAGAAAGAACAAAGCCCAACUCAUUAAACUACGGCACAUCAAAGAA